AUGUCUAGCGAACGCACAAAUGCUACGAUUGUGGUCGUGUGGUGUAGUGGGUGCUCGUCCACAUGCUCUGCGGCAUGCCACGAGACUCGAACCCUCAUCGCCCCGCGUCCGGACUUUGUCUACAGGGCAUUCACUUAUUUAGGUUUCGGCUUUAACGUAAAAGGUCAAGUCAGCGAGGGAGGACAGUUGCGAAGUUUGAAUGGACAACUGUACGCUCCUCUGCAACAUGUCAGCGCAGUGUUACCUGAUGGUGCUGCUGAACGUGCAAACUUACGUAGAGGAGAUAGGAUUUUGCAAGUGAAUGGUGUCAAUGUAGAAGGAGCAACCCAUCGUCAUGUAGUAGAUCUAAUAAAACAUGGUGGCGAUCGCUUAACGAUGAUAGUCAUUUCUGUUGAAGAUUCCGAAGUUGAUAAAUUUGAGUGCUGUGAAGAAAGUGUUAUAUCUUACCGGCAUGAUUAUUCUGAAAGUAGAUCUUUGCCAGUAACCAUUCCCAGUUACCAUACAGUCAACGAUGGCGUGGAAAAAUUUGUGGUAUUCAAUCUGUAUAUGGCCGGUCGCCAUCUUGGAUCUAGACGGUAUAGCGAGUUCGUAGAAUUACAUCAGCUCCUGCGCCGUGAAUUCAUAGACUACUCUUUUCCUAAGCUACCUGGAAAAUGGCCGUUUUCCUUGUCGGAACAACAACUUGAUUCUAGGCGACGAGGGCUUGAAAUGUAUCUGGAGCGAGUGUGCUCUGUAAAAGUCAUAGCUGAUUCAGACAUAAUGCAGGACUUCCUGAUGGAAUGUGAUCCCUCGUGCGAAGUUGAAGUUCGCGUGCUUCUUCCUGAUGGUGGACACGUAUGUGUAAACAUUCGAAGAAAUUCGUCCACUUCUUUGCUUUUUGCGCUUUUGGCUCGAAAAUUAAAUAUGUCGCGAGAUAUGGCUCUAUCAUGCGCCGUGUUUGAAACAAUGGAGCAGUCUUUCGAGAGGAAACUCAUGGACAACGAAUCUCCUCACCAACUGUAUAUUCAAAACUACUCCUGCGCAUCUUCUUCUUGCUUAGUAUUAAGAAAAUGGAUCUUUGAUCCUCGUCGUGAACAGCAGCUUUGUCAGAAAGAUCCACUUUUUCGGCAGUUCGUUUUUCAACAAGCAGUCGCUGACGUGAAUGAGGGGAGGUUGAAAUGUUGUCAGAAGCUAUAUCAAUUGAAGGCGAUGCAAAACGAAGGAAAUGCCGAAGAAUUUUUGGAAAUGUGUCGUAAGAUGUCAGGAUAUAAUGAGAUAGCGUUUCCACCUUGUACUUGUCCUACAAGAAAAGCUGGAGAUGUUGUUGUCGUUGUGCGAUUCUCUUCCCUUAUCCUCACAUCUGACCCUCCUAAUGAUGAGACUCAAGUGGAAAUUAGCUGGGAUGAUAUCAUUGAGUAUCAAGUGGAAGAUGGCGGCAGGUCUUUUCAGUUCGAGUAUGUAGUGCGGUAUGGAAGGAAUAUGAAUCGCGUCAAACCAAUGUGUCAAUCACACAGAUAUUUAAAAGCCUGUUUUGGAGAAGUAAAAUGUGAAAGACUUCGCAGAUCUUCAUUCGCUACAACCUGCUCAGAUGGUCCUUGUUGCAUUCUUCUCCUGCAUUAUAUAGAGUGCCUUAAAAGUUUGGAUGAUUUGUGCAAAGCAAAAGUCGUGGAUGGGAUGGACUCGAUGGAUUGCUCUGCUCCACCCAUUACUAGCGAUGUGAAGGGUCGCAUAUAUGAGUUGAAAACCAACGAGGAUGAUCACAGUACUCCAGGAAAAGUGAGUUCCAAAACGGACUCGCAGUCCACCGAAGAAGCACUUGACCCUGAAGCCGCCGAGUUUUCUACUCACGCCGAGGUGCAAGAGGAUUCUCAGAUGGUUGAUGCUCUCCACGAAGAGGGUAGAGAAGGCAUUUAUUUUCGUCGCUCUGAAUCUCCAGAUUCUUUUCGUCGUUCAAGUACUUCGAAAACACAAUUCGAGAGUCCUACAGACGAGCAGCAACAUCAUGAUACUGCGCCAACUAGUCCAAUGCAUAGAUUUGAUCUCACGUAUGAACUCGAGGAUUCUCGCGAUGAAGUCCGCAGUGAAAGCGGUGGCGUACGAUCUCGUGGGCGUGGCGCACGAGGUCGAGGAAGAGGUGGUACUCGGCCUUGUAGUGGCAGUGCCACCCCUCUCAACAACAGUCCUCUUGCCAAUCCGGAAAAGAAGCGUGCGGGACGCGGCCGCGGAAGCAAACGAGGCAGAGGCUAUGGACUGUCUCGUGUCGGGGACACUGCCGAAUCUGAAGUGGGUAGCAGCGUCCCUGUAACUUCAUCUGAUGAUGUUUAUGAGUUUAAAAGCAGUCCAGAAAGUGAAUUUACACCUGUCCAGGCUGAUUUCGGAAACCGCGACGAACGAGAGUGUUCGGCUCCACCCAGUGCGAAACGUCAACGUCUGACGGAAGGUCGUCCGGAGAGUCAUGGAGGAAGUGCUCAUUCGGGGGACAUUGAAAUGGAUGAUGUGGAGGAAGACGAAGGGAGUUCCAGGCAUGGCGCUGGUGAUAGAAAAGUGCCUCCUCUGAGAAUUUCUUUGCCUAUCACACAGUCUGAAGAAGACGUGCAUGGUGAACAUUCUGGUCAUCAGCAUUCCUCUGGACAUGCUGGAGGUGCAAGAAAGGGACCACGAGGUCGUCAUGGAAAGCGUCACAAUGAUGCUGAUGAAGCUCAGAGAAUGACCCGCAGCAAGGUGCGCCAAACAGGUCGUGUGCUCGAUGAUAGUGAUGCCUGGACUAAGAAAAAGAAAGGGCGUGUCUCUUCGUCUUUGACGGUGACUGGGGAGGAGGCAGAUGAGUCUACUGUAGAUGAUGCUUCUCCUGUUGCUGAAUGUUCGGAUGAUACAUCUCCCACAUGCCAUGCAUCCACUUCCAUUCCUGACUCUUUAACACCAGAACAAAGAAUAAUUUACGAAAAUCCGCGGACAGGCAUCUUUCGGUUGAAGAAAAUGCUAGCCACUCGAUGGCUCAAUGAUCUUCGAGAGCAAGAUAAUCGAUCUAAUAAUUUCAAUGAAAAAUAUAAGGAUAUGCUGCUACUAACGGGAAAUUAUUCUCUCUGUCGAUCGGGCGAUAAUAAGCAAAAGGAAGGCUCCGCUGCAGAUGCAAACUCUUGCAAGAAGGAGGAAAUGGAGAACGAGUUGGCAAUCAAUGGAGACGUUGAAUCGGAAGAUGAAAGUGGUCUUAUUUGCGCAGAAAUGAAGGGCCUCUGGAAAGAACACAGCGAAGAGCGCGCGAAAAUGGCGAAUCGUAUGUACAAGGAAAAAAUCAAGUUGCGAUUGUUUUGGGAGGAAGAAUUAUUACGGAAAGAACAACGCGAAACAGGGACGACUCCGCUCAUGUCAGCUGUCAGAUUCCUUCGCGAGAACGAAAUGUGCAAUGCCCAGAUCUUGGACGAGCCCAGAGAGUCACUAAAAGCCAUGGAUCAGGCUGAGUUCACGGAUCGGCGUAAUAAGUCAAUAAAUCAGAUGUUCAAUAGACAUAGAAUGGAAGCGAGCUCUCUAUUCGGAACACAGAGAGAUAUGUGGUUAUAUGAAGCUCGGCGUCGUGGUCUUGAUGUCAACCCGGACUGGGUGAAAAAAUGUGUUCCACUCGUGAAGAUAACAUCGGUGGUUCCAUUAUCUCAUGAAUCAUCGCCACUAGCACCAUCUUUGGAAAUUUCCCUUGCAGUGAUUUACGCUUCCUAUCCAAAUAUAGUGGGAGUCUAUUUUUCUAAUGAGAAUUAUAAAGAUAGAAGCCUAAAUCCGUAUGCUGUUCGGUUAUGCGAAAAUGUGAUGUCUGUGUGCAAUACUGCAGCUGUUCUCGUACAAGUGACCAACUGGAAUCUCAGCCCGGACUGCGAGAGCAACUCGCUUUGUGCCUACUUCAAAGAAGGCGAAUCUUGGAAAGAAACGCGACUUGAUUCGACUUGUUUCGGCCUUGUGGUAAUCCGUGGAGUUGAAGCAGUCAUGGCGAAAAACGCGCCGGUCGGAAUUUUGGCAUUAUUUCUUACUCCACUAUUUGCAAGCGAUACAAAGCGCGGUUUUUAG